UGGCAGGUUAGAGGAAGUGUUUAUCUUAUUUCCUUCAAUUGUCUUACUUUAAACACCUUUGUCAAUAUGAGAGAAUGCAUACUCAGGUGAAAAGAGAGGUUUGGUCGUAGACUCUCCAAAUAUAAGUAAGGCGCAUGCCACCGAGGUAUAAAAGUGGCGGCCAAACAGGAAGAGUUUGGCCACACAAGAUUCACUACUGUAGCCAUAGGGCUGAAACCUAGAAGAUGCCACUUCUAAAACGGGUGGUGUCACCCGUGCAUGUGUCACGGGUGCCCUUGGUGGAGGAGUGGGUCACUGAUGAUAAUGGUCGGGUCUACUCUGCACUACUGCCAGCUACAUACCAACCACAAGACCUAGAGGCAUUCACCAACCUCACCCUUGCCAAUCUAAUUACUCAAUUAUCAUCACUUUCUCGGCAUGCAGAGGAUUUGUUUGGUGAAAUGAUUGCCGAGUCCACAUCCAUCUUGAAUCGUACUGUAUCAUUGCAAGGCAGAGUUGACAAACUCUCAGUCAAGGUCAAGAAUUUGGAUAGCAAUGUAGAAGAAGUAUCUCUGCAAGACAUCCAUAUGCGAAAAGCAUUCAAGUCCUCAACAUUAUUUGACCAACAAGUUGUAUCUCGGGACACUAUUUCUGCUCCAAUGUCAGAAACUUAUCAGCACUGUGAGCAACCUCCUCCUCUUCAUCAGCUUAACCCUUACAGGGAUGAUGGGAAGGAUGGUUUGAAGUUCUACACUGACCCAUCAUACUUCUUUAAUCUCUGGCGAGAAGAAAUGACCCAAGAAACAGAACGACUAAAGCUUGAUAAGAAGCAGAAGCAUGCACAUGGAGGGGAGCAUCGAAAUGAGCCAAGCAAACCCAAAGGAGAUGGGAGAAAUAAGAGUAAAAAGGUGCCAAGGAUGACAUCCAACACCCGAGAACGACAGAUCAAGUGGGCAGUUGAGCAGGGAGAAUAUAUUGCUCCACAGUCUCAGUACAGAACCCCAAUGAAUCAAGUGAACGAGGGCAUAUAUGAUGAGUCGGUUGGAAUAAAUGCUGCUGAUGGACGGCCUCUACGGCCUAAUAGCAUAGAACUUCGUGGUCACUAUGGCAACGCACAUACUGGGGAAGGGGUGUAUGCCGCAAAUUCCCAUCCGCAUGCUUAUUCUCCAACUCAUGAGAUGAACCAGGCAGUACCAGUAGCAGACCACCAAGGUUACCCACCACCUUACCAAGACCAGUACUCUGGAUAUCCACCUCCACCUUAUACUCCUGAUGGGGCAGUAUCACAAGGUAGCACUCCUAGUCGUAAUUCAGGUCAGCGUGCACCAUCUAAUCGGCCAAUGCAGCCUCCUCCAGACCCACCAAGCAACAGCAAUACACCAACCCCACCAGGUGGUUCCCAUAGCGGUACACCAACACGUUUACGUGGACCUUCCCAGGGACGUGAAUCUUUACCUCCACCACCACCUCCACCUGCUGAUCGACAGCAACAGGUUGGAGUGGAUGGAAUCAUUCGCGGGACAUCAAUGUCCCCUGGACCAGGACGGCAUGUCCAACCACCUUACCACCAUGAACAAGACCUUCCCCCACCACCACCAACACCAGAUAAGACUGGGGAGCCAGAACCACCACCACCAUCCCCCCCACCCCCACCACCAGUGGCUCCCAUACAGCCAGCAGGACAAAUGGUUGGAGCUCCUCCCCCUCCCUCACCCCCACCUCUGGUACCAAAUGGAAAUGCACCAGGAGCUCCUCCUCCUCCACCAAUGCCACCACUCAUGAUAAAUGGAGUCAUAAAACAACAGUCACAGACUGUUCUGGCAAAACCUAAGAAAGUGGAAAAGAAAGUUCUUCCACCAGUUGAAGCUGAUGGUCGAAGUGAAUUGCUCAAAGCCAUCAGAGAAGGGAUCCAGCUGCGCCCCAGGGUGGAUGAUGUUAAGACAAAGCCGAAGGAAGACCCAGACAGUAUUGAUGUUGCAUCCAUCCUACAGAGAAGAUUUGCCUUUGAAGUUAGUGAUAGUGAAUCUUCAUCUGAUACAGAGUCUGAUAGUGAUGAAUGGGAUGAAACCAGUGCAUAGAACUAGCAGAAACAUAACUUCCCAGCUUCUUUUUGUGAGCUUUUGUUAAUUUCAUUGUGAAGGCAGUGAUGAGAAAGAUAAAGGUACUCAGUGUAUUCCUGUAUGCCAUGACUGGAAGAGUAAACAAAAGAACUGAUGGAGGAUCUGUUGAGACUAAGUACUGCUAAUUAGUCAUUAAAGUCAUGGUUAGACUCAAUAUGUAUCCUUUUUAUUAAUGUUUUAUUUUGAAAUGCCAUGGUAGCAGGUGAGGCACUUAUUGUAUGUGUUUUGAUUUGUCCCAAGUGAAACAAAAAAGACAGUGUGGACCAAAUCGUUGACCUCUUGAGGCCAGAUUUCUGUUUUGCGUUAUAGUCAGAUUGGAUGACAAAUAUUCUUUGUGACAAAGUUUAUAUGGAACCAGGAUUGUUUGUGACACUUUACAUGGCAUAUUGUUGGUAAAAUGUGGUGAGCUUUUAUAAAAGGUAGUCAGUAUGUACUUGACUUAUUAAAGAUUUAUGUUCCUCUGUGAACAUGUAGCCAUAAUUGGUUUUGUUUUCAAAAUCCAUCUUGGUGUUUGCAGAAGGUAUAUUGGGAAGAAAUUGGAAAGCUGCAUUAAGAAACUUUAUUGUAGUUUCUAAUAACACAAAUUUGUAAAGUAGUUCCUUUCAUGUAUAUGCUUCAUUUAUGUGAUAUCCUGUUACCCUACUCUGUCAAUACAGACUUGCUUAAUUGUUAUGUAUAAAUUUCUGGGUUAUAUUAAGUUUUAUUUCCAAAGAUGAAGCCUUUUUUAUUAUUAUUAUUAUUAUCAUUAUUAUUAUAAUAUAUAGAUUUUCUUCUUAUUCUACUGAUGACUGUGCCACUUGAUUUUUGCUGUGACAUUUGGCCAUCUACAUUAAUAACUCAUUAUGUGAUAUAUAGAGUAAAACCUCAAAAAAAUUGUACAAUAUUUUGGGAAUUAUGGUAAAAAAGGGCUGCUUUAUAAAUAAAUAGUAUGUCACAUUGCUUGCCAUAGAUGUAAUAUCUAAUUACUUUGCUUCCCUGUAUUAGGAAAUUCACAGAUAAAGUUUUUUUUUUUUUUUUUUUUAUAUGAAAGCUGAGUAUUGUACUAUUAUUAUUAUUAUUUUUUUUUUGUGAACACUAAAGUUAGACAAUAUUCAGCAUAUCUUAGGUGUGAGAGUAAUGCUUGCCACUGUAUGACAGAUAAAACAUAAAAGUGAAUAGUCCCCAGUCAGUUAAAUUAAAAAUAGUUAUGCAUGGUAUCCUAGGAAGUUGAUAAGUACAUUUUACUCAUUGUUGCUCCAAGAAAUUACACACAUUUUUGUGGGAACAACUUGCAAUUGUGUAAAUGUUUUUGUUUAUCCAGAAACUUACUGUUAUAUUCAUUAACCAUGUGCUGAAUCUUCACCAAACCUAAUGGUCAGUGUUUUUCCAUUUGUAAGUCAUCAGAAUCCUUAAAAAACAAAUAAUAAAAGGUUUUCCCAGUGAAAGUGGUUGAUUUUAAAUCUUCAGCUACAAUAUUUAAUGUUUCUCUAAACAAAAUAACUUAUUGAUAACCCUACAGUAGAACAAAGCACAUUUACUAAGGAUCUACAUCUUGGCUUAGCUGUCACACUCCUCAAGUAGUAGUCGUCUGCUUGUUAGAAAAAAAAGUAGUGUGCAUAUCGUGGCAGUGUGUGUAUUGUUCAGAACAUCUUCCAAGAUACCUAUCUGUCUAUCUGUUCAGUAAACAUACUUAAUUCCUAAUUGAGUAGAGUGAACAGGUGCACUAAGUCUUAGAAGAAAAAGAAUUUAUGGUAUAAUAGAAAAAAUUAGAAAACUUCCAUUGAUUCCUUCAUAUGUAAUGCAUUUGUAGUGCAUAAGUGAUAUAAGACUCGCACUGCUUAAUCCUUCACAUCUUUUAACAUUAUUCACUAAUAUGAUUUAGGAGUGAGUUUAUCAUGUCCAUUCCUUUUUAUACUUUAACACAAAUGGGAUAUUUAGAAGAAAAAUGAGGAUUUCAUAUUCACAAGUGCCAUUUUUAUUCCUUUUUCAUUUUGUAUUGAACAUCCAUAUAUUUUUGGCAAUGUUGAACCAUAUUGAUUAUUUCAUUGGGCUGUUUAUUUAGUGAUGGUUUUGUUGGCAAAAAUUACACAAUUCAUGAAUGAAGAUAAUUUAAUGUAUGAAUUUGCUCAAUCCCUAAUGACUAACUGAGUGACAGUAUCAAGGUGGUAACUGCCAACAGAACUUGAGUCAAAAUCUUGGAAAAUUGUGAAAUUCAUUUGUCUUUCCCUCCUUUCCUAUGGUUAUUAUCUCAAAGUAUGGCCAUAAAUAGGGAAGCUGCUUUUUUGCAGAUUAUAUUCAGUUCGUAUGUAAAUUGAUAAUACAGUGAUAUCUCUGUUAGCCAGAACAAUUGGUGCAGAGCACCUCCAGGAAUGAGAGAUUUCUGGGUAACGAGAUGACUCUCUCAAAGCCGGAAAAAUCCCUCACUCCCUAAAUUUUCCGGGUACUGGAAAAAAUUUAUCGGAAUUUUGCAGAAAAUGUGCCCCUCAAUAUUUUUACCCUAAAGCUGGAAUUUUGCAGAAAAUUCUGGCUUUGGUAACGAUUUUCCGAGAAAAUUUCAAUUCCGACCGUCGGAGAGUUCCGGUAAAGAGGGAUUCUGGCUAAUGGAGAAAUUACUGUACUGUAUUUAUGUCACUUAAUAUUUACUGAAGAAUUUCAUGAGUACAGCAAAAAUACUGGUAAAUAUAAAAGACUUAUAGUAGACAGUCCCUGAAAUACAUGGGGUGUAAGGAGUGAGGAGUCUUGUGUGAGGAUCAUCUUAAGGGAAGUUGCAAAUGUGCUGGCAACAAUGUUUUCCCAUUGUGUUAGGAUGUAGGAGGAAGCCUUAAAUAUGUAGAGUGAUGCAACUUAGUUAUCUGGAAAUGGGUGAUAUAUUUUAUUUCAUCAAUGAAAAUUGGUUUUGUUGUGUAGUACUGUAUUUGGGGAUCUUAAAUGUUAUUGUAUCAGUGUACUAGUGGAGAAUUGAUUUAAAAAUUUUUCAAAAGCUAAAUUUCCAGCAGUGUAAUCCAAAAAAUUUAGCUCAAGUGUGUGUGCAUUAUGCCCUAGUCUUACAAGCUGUCACCAAGCUACUGGUGACAAGAGUUCUGGAGAACAUAGCAUCUACAAAGAGCUUGUGGUUAUGUAAACUAAUUUCCCUUUUACCCCUGAAUGCUGUUGCAUUUUGCACAAAACAUUUUAAAUUUUGUAAUAUCUUGUGUUAAAGUGGUUUUUCUUUAGUUCAUGAAGUUUUCGUCAUGCAAAUAAUAAUGAUGAUUCCAAGUUUUAGGUCUUAUCAGACAUUCAUACCAAUGAGAUCUCCAGCUACCUAAGCUUUAAUUACCUUUAUACUGUGGAAAUUUUAUGAUUAGUUUCAAACAGGUAAUAUGGAUAUUCUCUUGGAUCUGUUGGUACAAAUUUUUUGAGCUCUGAAGUACUGUAGUUGAGUGAUGCAAUUAUUAUGAUACUUUAUGUGACCAUCAGUUGUUGGUUGCAGACUAAAUUGAUAUGAAAUUCUUGGAGCCCCUAAGAGCCAUUUCCCUAGAUUAAUGAAGGUCUUCAAUGGUCUCCAUGUUCAGGGCUUAGGAUGGUAAAUAUUUUGGUGCAUGACAACAAAGAUAUUUAUAUAUUAUUGUACAGUAUUCCUAUUCCUCAGUUACAGGUGCACAAAGGCAUGUUAUAGACAAUAAUUACAGUCCAUAUAUGUGUGUGUGUGUGUGUACAACCUUCUUCGUUAGAUUUUUUUAUUUCCAGAUUCAACCCUUUUCAGUUGCCUAUAAUAGCAUGGAGUGAUAUUGAAGUUACUUUAUUUUAUAAUUAAUACCAGAGGAAACGUUUAUUGGAAAACAAGUUGAAGUGUUAAACCUAAAAAUGUGAAGGUUUUGUAGUACAGUGCUGUGGAAAGUGAAGUUUAUGUUUGUAAUUUUACAUAAAUGUGUUUUAUAAAGGCACAUUUUGGUAUAUAGGUUACUGUGGGUGGGUGAAGAUGGAAGUUAUUAAUUGCGAGGAGCACAAUUUAUAAAGGGCAAAUUUAAAACUGAAAAUGAAAAACAGGUAUUACAGUAAUGUAACAGGUGAUACUGGGAAGCAUUGUAAUUUUUUAGAUUAGUGUCAAGCAUAGUGAUAAAAUGUGAACUGAGGUUAGUACCUUAUUGAACUACCCAUAUGAUGAAAGAAGGCAGUAUUAUCAAUGGUCAUUUGGCUUGUGCCUUAGUGUGACAAUGAAAAUGUUGGCUCAUUUCUAGACUGCAGACAUUUAAAAAUGCAGAUAUUUAGAAUUGUAUGUUGUUAGGUAAUCAGUCUGAAUUUUAGAGGAUUUUACUGUAAUAUCACAUUUAUCACUGUAAGAAGCAUUUUGUGUUUGAAAAGAGCCAAGUUAUUGUUAAUCUUAAAUACUCAUUUUAAAGGUGCUGAAAGAGGGAAGCAGAUCAGAGAAAUACUGCUCAUGUGGCUCAUACUAGUUUGUAUAAAAUGUCUACUUUUUAUUGUAAUAGUAUAUACCUAUAGACAUGUCUUCUUUCCCUUAUGGAAUUUUUAGCGCACAACUUAAUUAUAUAUCUUUAAAAUUGCAUUAACCAAAUUCCAAUAUGUAAUUAUAAUUCCUUUUUCAAGUCAUACAUAAUUUUUUUUUUUAGUUAAUUAUAUUCUUGUGAAUAUUCUAAUGCUUUUAUUUAAGCCAAUUGUGUAAAAUACUGUAGCUUAUAAUUAUUUUCUGAAAAUUUACAGUGGAUGCAGAGUUUAAGAACAUCUAUGAGGAUGUUAUAACUUUCAUCCUUAUACUGUAUUGCUGUACAGUAUACCUGUACUGUACAGUCUUAACAGGAAAGAGAAACUAAUUCUACACUUAUUAAAUAUAACAUUGUUUUACCAGCUUUUUCACAAUGUUUUUCUGUGUUGGGGAAUAGACCUUACCAGUAGUUGCAACCCAGUUAUUUGGUAGUGAGGCAUUUCAAAGUGUAUUUAUAAGCUUUCUUGUGAACUGACCAUCAGCGCUGUCAUUAAAUGAGCAACUAUGAAAUCCCUGCAUUGUGUGUAGCAGUGACAAUGGCUUUUCAGUUGUAAAUGCCUACUGUAUUCACUAAAUAAUAGUUAUCUAUGACAAUUAAAUAUGGUAAAUUAAGCAUCAACUUCUUUCAAUCCAGCUGUUGUACUCUAUAAAUGAUACUGUUGGCUAGUCAUAUCUUGAACAGACAUUAAGGGACAAGUAUACUGUAUUGUCUAUUGUCUUUUAACCAAAAGAAAGAAAAGUGAAAUUAUUCUUUUUUUAUUUUCAACAGCUGAUUAUUUUGCCUUAUGAUAAAAUUUAUCACUAAAAUAUUUUAUAAUUGUCUCUGAAUUUAGGCAGGGCUUGACAUUAAAUUCUGGAGUUGGUUACCAUCUUGAGCAAGUCUAGUUCCAGGUAAAGAUUUAGCCACCCCCCAAAAAUAUGUGUUGUGAGAGUAUUAUAAAAUAACUAAUACCAGGAUGCUGCACUAAUAAUAUUACUAAAAAAAAAAAAUUCAAAUAAAAUCCGAUGUUAAGACUAAGUACCCUACAAAAUGGGUGAUUGCACAAUUUGGUACCUGGAAAGUUAACUACAAAAGUCAAUAGAAUAAAUUUAUGGAAGACUUCAGUUAAAUUCUGAUCAUAUUUCCAAUUACUCUUGAAAUAAACCCUAAUAGUUACAGCAAGUUUGUUCACUUUGCUUGAUAAUCCUUGGAGUGGUGUACAUUAAUUUGUUGAUGUACAAUAUACCUUAAUUAAUAAUAAUUGAAAAUUAUUUACAAAAUGGUAAUUAAAUUUUUCAGCAGUCAUGAAAUAAUUAAUUAAUGAAUGAAUGAACUUGUAGUUUGAACAAGAUAUAUAUAAAGAUGAGCUCAUUGGUACACUCCAAGUUACUGUACAACUACAUCUGAGAAUACAUUGUGGCUAUUGUGAUGAAUUAAAUCUUUUAUGUUUGUACAUUUCGUCUAUUAAAGUAUCAUAUUAAACAUUGUGUAGUUUUGUUUGUUUGCUCGACGACAAAAUUUGGUUGUCGGGGCAACUUCUAAUGUUGAACCUUGCUAUUGUUUGUUUUUCAAAUCUCGAGCAUCCUAAAUUUUCACAUACUGUACUUAUACAUUCAUAUUCACAAGUAUGUGUGUAAGAAUGCAUUAGUGUAUAUGUACUGUAUAAGAUUUUUAUGGAAAAUGUUUGUACAGUUUGUCAUAAUUAAUUCAUUUUAUUGGAAGUAAUUUUUUUUUAUUGACGUACUUAGUCCUUGACCAGGUAAUUUAGCAAACAUCAGUGUUAAAGCACCAUUCCCAGUUCAAAUUCAUAGGUUUAAAUAAGUUCACAUUUAUGUAAAUUAAUUGUGACUGCAGAUAUGAAAUAAAAAAAUUAUUUAUUCUCAGUUUCUUGUUAAAUUGUAUAUUAUAGGUACAGUACUGUUUUAUAAUACUGUAUUAACAUACGGCUAGGUUCUUGUGGUUCUUCUAUAUUGUAGUGUCAUGUUCUAGGGCAAACGUUUUUUAGAUUUGUGUUUGGUACAUGGGACUCGUUAAUGAUUUUUUGUUGAAGCCAAAACAUGAUUUGUUGGUUAGCUAAAAGGGAAUUCUCUUUUUAGCAAAGAAGCAGGUGCCCCAGUGGGCCCCAUAAAUGGUCCACACAUCACAAGUUGUAGAAGCUGCAUGUAUUCCUUACUGUAUGUGUACGGACAUAGCUUUGCUCAUAGUUGGUAUAUGCCACCAGUGAAUAAUGUACUGAUAUUGUUUCAUCGGUCACAAAUGAUAAUGAAAGUGGCAUAGUAUUUGCAUGUGUGUACAGCAGGAAGAAAUAUUUUGAUGAUUAGAAAUUAAUUUUGAAGAUAUUUAGAAAGGUUACGGAGUGGAUCUAAGGGAAAAAUUGCUAGAAUUUGUAAAAUCUGUUGCAAGAUGGAAAAACUAUUUUUUUACUCCAAACACUGGUCCAGUAUGAUAUACGGUACUAUACUCUCAUGUGCAGGAAAUAACUAGUGUAUGAGGAAUAAACAAUGGGUUAAGGAAUGAUCACUGGUGAAUUUAACUACAGUAGUUACUAGGUAGCACUUCAGGGAUUUUCUUUACCUGCCUAAGGUAUUUAUUCAAAAAGCAUUUAAUUCUCAGUUAUUAACCUUCAGUAUCAUCCUCCAUAGUGUCAAUUUACCUUCCAAUAAUAAGGUUAUAGUUAUUUGUGUGUAAUAGGCAGUUUUAACUGAAUGUAUGAUUUAGUGUACUAUCCUCUUCAUUGCACACUUUAGCAAUGAUAUGGCUUCCUCACUUAUAAAAUUGCUUGUUACAUUACAAGUUAAACAUGCCAAGCAUGAUAGCCUUCGACUUAUGCCAGUUGCAACUAAGAACAAAGCUGUACUCUCAAUUAUAUUGGUAAUAUGAAGUGAAAAAAUACUUUUGGUACUGUUUUAUCCCUAGCAGUGUUUGGUUUGUGUACCUUUUGUAUAUGACCAGUGUACUGUAUUGGAAUGAUGAUCAGAUUUAUAUCUGUACCUUAAUUCCAAUGUACUACAGUGAAACUGUAAAACAGUGUGAAUAUCAUCUUAAUAACUGUAACAUGUGGUGCUACCAAGAUGGUCAAAUGGCACUUGUGAAAAUGUAAAAUGUGAAAAUAGUCAGGCCUUAAGUUGUAGCACCACCAUAAAGCUUGUUCAUGGGAUAAAUAUGAUUCUUUAGCAUGUUAUUAUUAAAUAUAUAUCAUCAGUCAUAACAUUAUUAUCUUUAUAGUUUUGAGGCUCUUUUAAGAUUAUUUCUCUACAUGAGGGUAUGAUUUAUUCAUGUACUGUACAUUCUUCAUUGAUGCCCAUGAACAAGUUACACUACUUUCAUUUCAUCUAUGUUAAGAAUCAUAUAAUCUUCCAAGUUGAACAUAAACCCAUUCCAUGCCUAAGUACCCACAUAGUAACACCAGUUCCCAUUGCAUCAAAAGGACCACAACAUUCUCAUAAUGCAGUAUUUACUUCUAGCUCUCUCUAAUUUUACUAUACUUUAUUGUUCAUCUUACCUUUCCUAACUAUGGCUGAGAGUGAGUACAGUAAUCAGCUACUUAACUUUCCUCCACCUUAACAAUUACUGCUUUCCUUCAUGUCCUGUCCUUUGCACACAUCAUGAUAAGAAUCACCAUGUUCCUCCUUACUGUAUAUGCAUGAUCUGCAGUACCUGUACCACAAUUUCACAAACUUCCUUGUCGUUUGGAUAAAGAAUGCUAAUUUAUUUUUCUGCUAAUGGUUUCGACAUCUACAGUAUCAUGUUUUAUUUUUCAAACUUCGUGUACUUUUUUUUUUUUACUAAAUUUGUGUGUACACAGGUCCAUUCUUUAUCUUGUGCUAUAUCUGUUUCUUUCUCCUAUACCACCUCCACUUUGCUCCAAAACAUGCUUCAUGGCGCAAAUGAAUGUAAGAGAUUUUCUUCUUAAUAAAAUUGUGAUGAUA